CACUGUACGAGAUGCCCGUUGAAUGUCUCGCCAGAUUUGAGCUCGACGAGCAUCGGGUUGCCCUGCGCCGUUGUAAGCAGCGAAAGCGGCAACAUGAUGAUCUGUCGAAUCUAGCAAGCCUCUGGCUGUCUUUGUGCAAAGAGAGUCUCUUCGAGUUGUUGGUCGUUGCGAUUCUUGACGUCGAACUGCAAGCUGGAGCACCACAGCGCUUCAUCUUCAUGUCUCUCCCAUGAGCUCAGCUUCAAAACGCAGCUACGAACGUGCAGGCCCUCUAGAAGACCAGGCGACUAAGCGGCAACGGCAUAAUGUCCAACACGGCAUCACAGAACAACAGGGCCCAUCUCAUAGCGGCGGUGGGCGCUCACACGGACGCGAUGGUCGUGCAGCUGCGAUUGCAGAAGCCUCGCAGAUGAAGGAGUGGCUCUCCAAGGAAGAUGAUUUCGUUUUGAAGCAGGCCAAGAAGCGAGCGGCCAUUCGUGUGCGUGAAGCAAGGGCUAAGCCGGUCGAUUACCUUGCCGUCAAUUUGCGCUUUGUGGACGCCGAGCGUGAUGCGACGGAGGAGAAUGAGCUGGAGGAGGUGGACAUCACACCCAAGGAGCCUUCUGCAUAUCUACAUGCGCUGCAUCCGCAGGAAUUGGAUGAAUUGGAGAGGGAUGUGCAGGAUUUUUACAAGCUAGAGACGCACAGACAGAACAAGGCCUACUGGAAAGCGCUCAGGGUUGCAUGCGAAGAUCUACAGGCGCGCAAGAAGGAAGCCAAGACGAGUGAUGCCCGGACGAGCAAGACUGUAGGUGAGGAUAUCGACCGCAUUUUGGCCAACAAGUCUUCAGACCAGCUCAUUGCGCUGGAACGGUCCAUCAACGAGAAGCUCGAUGCGCGCGCGUCUAUAGACGUGGACUACUGGCAGCAUCUGUUGCAGAGCGUCAAGUAUAAGCAAGCAUGGACUCAGCUGGCGGAAAUGCAUGCACUCAUCGUCAAGGCGGCAGAUGAAGAGGCACGUCGCAAGCAAGUCGUUUUUCGGAAUGGCAAGCGCGCAGCAGCUGAAGCACCUGUACGUGUCAAACUCGAUACCGUCGGUGCCAGUAUCAAGUCUGGGCAAUCGACUGAGCUAGACUUUGAGUCAGCUGCGCAGAGAUUGUACAGGCAAGAAGCAGCGUCGCAGCUCAAAGACGACGAGGAACUCUUCAAUCAUGAAUCUGUACGAGCGCCAAAGAGACCUCCCAAGUGGCUGGCCAAGUUCCCUAGCAUUAAACCCAUCAAACCAAAGUUCUUCAACAGAGUGUAUGUCGGUGUGGACUGGACAGCAUACAACAAGGCGCACUAUACGAGCGAAGACCCACCGCCAAAGACAGUCUGGGGUUAUCGCUUCAAUAUAUUCUAUCCUGACUUGGUCGACAGUACCAAGGCGCCGACAUACAGGAUAGAGCGGCAGCUGGGACUCAAGUCAGAGGGUCCUGGGUAUCAGGAAGACUUGUGCUUCUUGCGAUUCACUGCUGGGCCUCCAUACGAGGAUGUGGUCUUUGAGAUUGUCGACAAGGAUUGGGAUCACAGCAGCAGAUUUGACCGUGGAUACAAGAGCAGCUUUGACAAGGGCAUCUUGCAGCUGCACUUCAAGUUCAAGCGUAUCACCUUCCGGUCGUAGCUGUAGGCUAUGCAAUCUAUUCGAUGACCUGUACAUGUAGCUGCUUGCCCCAGAUAUUGAUAAGAUUUUAUAUUGCCC